UUCAGGAGAGAAACACACAAGAGAUGAAGAAAAUGGCUCAGAUUCUGUAUUUCAGUCUUCUUGUCAUUGCUCUCGGUUCAAUAUCUGAAUGCUCUCAGCGCCGCUAUCACUAUAUAAACAUGGAGAAGACCUGGACUGAAGCUCAGAGAUACUGCAGAGAGAAAUACAAAGAUCUGGCCACAGUCCACAACAUCAAUGACAUGAACGAGCUGAAGAAGACUGUGAAUAACAAUCAGGAGAUCUGGAUUGGACUGAAGAGAACAGAUGUUUAUAAAUGGAAGUGGUCUCUGGGUGAUCCUGCCAAAUAUCUGAACUGGGAAACUGAAUCAUCAACUGACACAAAUAAUUGUGCUGUUAUGAGAAAUGGAAAAUGGCAUCAGCAGGACUGUUAUGAGAUGUCACAGUUCAUCUGCUACAAUGGUGCAUCAAAGGAUUUAUGUAUCUGUCAAUCACAGACUUUAAUUCUCAGCUGUGAGCAGGGAACCAUUAAAAUCCUUUCAGCCAAUUAUGGGCGUACAGACGGACAGACCUGCUCUACUGGAAGACCAGCUGGACAGCUAUCAAAUGUUCAGUGCCGUCUGGAAACAUCUCUAAGUGCAGUGGCCACUCGAUGUGAUGGAAAAACGAGUUGUUCUAUGGUUGUGGACUUCACUGAUCCUUGUAAUGGAAUUUACAAAUACCUGAAUGUGUCUUAUGAGUGUGUUGCAGCACCACCAAACAGCAGUAAAGCAUAUAUUAUUGAAACUUCUUAUAAAACAUGGAGAGAAGCUCAGAGUUUCUGCAGACAGUAUCAUACUGAUCUGAUCACUGUGAGGAACCACAACAUCCACAACAUCAUUAAUGAUCCUGAGAGAUCUGUCUGGAUUGGUCUGUUCAGAGACUCGUGGGAGUGGUCAGAUAACACUGACUCCGCCUUCAGAUACUGGGACUCUGGUCAACCUGAUAAUUCUGAAGAUUGUACAAUGACCAAUAUGAAUAAUGAGGGAAAAUGGCAUGAUGUAUCUUGCAGUAACGCUUACACUUUUGUGUGUCAUGAAGAUGAGCUGAUAUUGAUCCAGAAGAAUCUGAGCUGGACUGAAGCUGUGAGAUACUGCAGAGAGAAUCAUGUGGAUCUGGUUUCAGUUGAUUCACAGGAGAUUCAGCUCAUGGUGACUGAAGUUCUUCAUCAGGCCUCGACUGCUGAGGUGUGGCUGGGGUUACGUCACUCCUGCUCUGUGGGGAUCUGGUUCUGGGUGAAUGGAGAGAUUGUGUGUUAUCAGAAUUGGGCUCCAGGGAAUGAAACAGCAGUGGGCGACUCUGAGAGUGAAGUGAGAUCUGGAGCGGUUCAGUCUGGAGGAGAUCAUCUCUGGAUCAGUCUUCCUGAAUCUCACAAACUCAACUUCAUCUGUAGAAGAAUAGAUAAAUAAAUAUAUAUUUUUUGCUUCCUUUGUUAACUUUCUGGUUUUGUUAUUUAGCAAUAGGGAGCAUUUAAACGUCAGGAAUCAGGACUCAACUUUAGAGGAAAGAAGGCUUUAAGUUAUUUUAUUUCAAGAAA